UAGUAGAAGGAUGGGUGUAGGUUUUUGAAGUAGCGCUAACGAAACCAGCCGCGCCGGGCGAAUCGGAUCAAUGAAAAGAAAAAGCAGCCAUUUUGUUUCUUGACUAGCAUUGUGAAUGUGAUGUGAAAGAAAUAACCAAAUAACGCAGUAUAACAUAGAAAUAUAAUUGUGUCGUGUUAAAUAUAAACUUCUAUCAAUAUUCCUUCAAUAAUGGGCCGCGGAAGGGAUCGAAGCCGUGACAGGCGUCGUAGUAGAAGCCGAAGCAGGAGUAGGAGCCGCAGUGGGAGUCCUCGGUACGGUUUGGGCGGCGGUGGCGGAGGCGGCGGCGGCGGCGGUGGGCGCUACGGGGGCGGCGGCGGCGGCGGCGGGGGCCGCAGGAACAACCCAGGCGCCAACCUUCGGAAACCAAAAUGGGACUUAAGCCGUCUGAAGCCCUUCAAGAAAGACUUCUAUGUUCCUCAUCCUGAUAUUGUAAAGAGACCUGAUUCUGAAGUUGAAGCAUGGCGAAGCGAAAAAGAAAUUACUCUGAAAGGACGGAAUAUACCGAAACCAACAUUGAGUUUUGAAGAAGCGGGUUUUCCAGAUUAUGUCAUGGAUGAAAUAGAAAAGAUGGGUUUUUCCCGACCAACCCCUAUCCAGGCUCAGGGUUGGCCUAUAGCUCUGAGUGGACAUGAUAUGGUUGGAAUAGCUUCAACAGGGUCUGGAAAAACACUAUCUUACAUAUUACCUGCCAUUGUACACAUCAAUAACCAACCUAAGUCCAGCCGUGGUGAUGGCCCUAUUGCCCUGGUGUUGGCCCCUACAAGAGAGUUAGCACAACAAAUUCAGGAAGUGUGUGACAAAUUUGCUAAUACUUCAAAGAUCCACAACACUUGUUUGUUCGGUGGGGCUCCUAAAGGACCACAAGCCAGAGACUUAGAUGCAGGAGUUGAAAUUGUAAUUGCCACACCCGGUCGACUGUUAGAUUUCCUAGAAAGUGGAAGGACAAACCUCAAAAGGACAACUUAUUUGGUGCUAGAUGAAGCUGACAGAAUGUUGGACAUGGGUUUUGAACCUCAAAUCAGAAAAAUUAUUGAACAGAUUAGACCCGACAGGCAGACCCUCAUGUGGUCUGCUACGUGGCCGCGGGAGGUACAGACCUUGGCUUCUGAAUUUUUAAAGGACUAUCUUCAAAUUAAUGUGGGAUCAUUACAGUUAGCUGCCAACCACAAUAUUCUACAGAUUAUUGAUGUUUGUGCAGAGUAUGAAAAAGAAACAAAACUCAGCACAUUGUUAAAAGAAAUUAUGGCAGAAAAAGAAAAUAAAACCAUCAUAUUUAUAGAGACAAAAAAACGAGUAGAUGACAUAACAAGGAAAAUGAAAAGAGAUGGCUGGCCUGCCGUUUGCAUCCAUGGUGACAAAUCGCAAAACGAAAGAGAUUGGGUGUUACAAGAUUUCCGUAGUGGAAAAGCUCCUAUUUUAGUAGCUACCGAUGUCGCCGCCAGAGGGCUAGAUGUUGAUGACGUGAAAUUCGUCAUCAACUUCGACUACCCGAGCAACUCGGAGGACUACGUGCACCGCAUCGGGCGCACCGGGCGCACCAACAAGACGGGCACGGCCUACACGUUCUUCACGCCGAGCAACGCGGCCAAGGCGGGCGACCUGGUGGCCGUGCUCAAGGAGGCCAAGCAGGUCGUCAACCCCAAGCUGCAAGAGCUGGCCGAGCGCGGCGGCGGCGGCGGCAGACCAGGUCACCGUGGUCGAGGCGGGCGGUACCGGCGCGGCGGGCGGCGGUCUCGCUCCCGCUCGCGCGACCGCGCCCCCCGCCGCCGCACCCGCUCCCGCUCGCGCUCCCGUGACCGCCGCCGCCGCCGCCGCAGCUCCUCGUCCCGCAGCCGCUCCUCCAAGUCGUCCCGCAGCUACUCGCGCUCCCGCUCCCGCUCCCGCUCGCGAAGCCGCUCACGCUCAGGCAAGUGCAGCCCACAGAAGGAGGCGCCCGCUGUCCCGCCGCAGCCGCAGCCCCAAGCUCUGCUGCCCACGCCCAAACCGUUGUUGCCCACUCCCAUCGGACCACAGUUCCCUCCGCAAAAUAAUGACCGCUUCAAGGGACCGUCCACACCUCCUGAACAAAAUAGUCAGAAUCGCCCCAAUAUAAAUGAUGGUUUUGCCAACAGUAACAGCAACAGCAACAAAUUCAGUGCACAGCAACCUCCGCCUCCCAGUCAAUUACCUUCUUUGAUGACGCUCAAUCCACAGUUGAUGGGCGUCCCGCCGAUGACGAUGAACGGUCAGGGAUUCAUGAUGCCUCCUUUCUUUACCCCUGAACAAUUCGGCAUGAUGAUGUCCCAGUUUCCACCGGGCGGCAUGAUGCAGGCGGGCGGCAUGGUGCAACCCGGUGGCAUGGUGCAACCGGGCGGCUGGGGCGCGCCUCCGCCACCGCCGCCGCCGCCGCCUCCCGACGCGUCCAUGGCGAGUGGCAACAAUGUUAACGGACAGUUCAGCUUGGGCAGGGGCGGCCUUGGCUCGGAUUCCAGGAAGCAAGGAUCUCGCUUUGGCGGGAACGACGGCUCCAAUAAUGUGAGCUACGGCGGCUCGGGCUCGGAGAGCUCGGGUGUCGGCGCGGGCCACGGCGGCGGGCUGGGCGGCGACGCGGGGCGCGCGCGCGGCCGGCGGCGCCCGCGCGGCCGCGACGACGAAUACGAGUCGGACGGACUCGGCGCCGGCGCGGGGCUGGCGGCCGGCCCGCAGCCGCCUGCCGCCGCCGCCGCGCUCGCCUCUGGCGGUCUGGAUAUGCCCUAUGGCGGCCUGAGUGCGGGGACGAGGUUGCUUCCACAAAAUAACGCUAAUUUUAUUGACCCAGUCGGACCGAACUUCACGGCCUUUGGGUCAUAUGCCUCUAAAAAUAACAAAAAUUUCGAAAAUCAACAACAUAAUAUGCAGAAAAAUAUGAAUGCACCUCCAAAUAAUUUUGCUAAUGUAUAUGGCCCACAAAAUAUGGGGCCUGGAAGACCUCAGGGGGGUUAUAUGAACGCCGAUCAGGGUAAUGUCAAUGGCUCCAUGGGGUAUAACGACCGCCAGAGGAAUCACCAACGCCGGUGAAAACUCCCGAGGUUUGUUUUAUUCAAGCCCACACCACAUAACCAACUCAUUCAUGAACUAGGUUACCUACCACUCAUAAAACCGAGCUGAUACAUAAUAAAUCUUUGUCUUCUACCUAGGACACAACUAAGAUUGCUUAUUUCACAUGUAUAUUUAGCACUUAUAAUUUCCUCCCAUCUUCCCGUCAAUGUAAGUUCCCUUAUAAAAUAAAACUGCUUAUAAUCUACGUGUGCAAACACAACCAAGUUUGGUUAACCAACGAUUACGUUGCCGCACAUGACGUUUCUGGUUGCGUCUGCACACGGGAUAUCUAUUAGGUCUGUUCAUGUACACUUCAGGAUAGCCCCUCUCUCGUCCCUGUACAUACGAUGGGGGUGCCCUAACACGGCUGCUUCAGCUAUGUAACAGGUAUGCUUGUUUACAUUUAGGUCUUAGGUAAAGUUUAUCUGAAGCAUGUCUAUCGCAAUAUGCCAUCAUAAAAUACCUACACACUAUUGUAUAACAUUAUGUAAAGGAGUAUGGUAGAAUUUCCACGGGAAAUAAUAGUUUUAUUUCUUUUUGCAGAAAAUGGACGCAAUGGGGACUCGCAUCGGCGAAGAAGAAGAUAAAUAUAUAUUUAAUAAGUUAUUCAAUGAAUCUGACAAAGAAGGAACAAACAAUUUGUUUUUUUUUAGUGUAUGUUCAUUCCAUUUAUGUAUUUAACCAGUUGGUGGACAGAUAAUAAUAAUAUCACUAUAAUGUUAAAUGUAUUACAUUAUGAUAUGUGAUUUAAAUACUCUUGAGGUAAAUAAUAAAAUCAAUUUUGUGAUUUACGGUUUCAGGUUUAAUUAUCAGUAGGAACAGUAUAUUUUCAAGCCGCAAUUAAGUUUUGCAUUAUAAAAAAUCUGUAGGAUUACUAAGCUCUACUUUGUCUAAGAACUUCUUUGUACAUUAUAAGUACCUACCUACUACAUUUUUUUUGCAUAAAUGCUACAAUAUGUAGGACGUUAUUUGUGUAAACUGCAUUUCUUAAGUCGCCUGUAAGUAACAGCUCCAAUACUAGAAUAAAUAAACUUUUUCAAAUA